AUGGCUGCCAGUUACGAAAAUGAAAGUGAAAAUAGAUUUAAUGGAAAUUCAUUUUCGAUUCCUUUUCAAGAAAUACCAAGAUUUCCUAAAAGUGAUAAAAGAGUUAAUGAGUUGAUUAGCUGCAAGGAGCCAGUUAUAGUGACAGGGUCUGACCUAGUGGGGUCAGCCAGUCACUGGAGCCUAGAUUACCUAGCAGAGAACAUUGGAGAUGGAACAUUCAAUGUGUAUAAGUCUGCCAGUCGCAAGUUCAAGUAUUACAGUGACAAGAAGAUGCAGGCAGUUCACGAAUUCGCCCCGCCCACCCAGUUGCUGGAGAUGAGAUUCCAAGAGUUUAUGAAGUUGAUACGCAGCAAGACAAAUACAAACAGCGAAAGGAUUUACUUACAGCAGGCAUUAAAUAACUCUGUGGGUCCUAACAUAGUGCAUGAGUUUGUGAACUUUAACUGGGCUUGGGCGAGUGAACAGCAGCAGGGGAACAGUUGGGGCCAGCUAACUUCCAACCUUCUACUUGUUGGAAUGCCAGGCAAUGUCACCCCAGUGCACUAUGAUGAACAAGAAAACCUGUUUGCCCAGAUCCGAGGCAGCAAGCGAUUUCUGCUCUUCCACCCAGACCAGUUUGAAAACCUUUAUCCUUACCCAGUUCAUCAUCCACAUGAUAGACAAAGCCAGGUUGACCUGGAAAAUCCGGACUAUGAGCAGUUUCCAAAUGUACGUAACUUGCAUGGUUACGAGGGUGUUGUCGGCCCUGGUGAUGUGCUCUACAUUCCAAUGUACUGGUGGCACCAGGUGGAGUCGUGUCCCGACAGUGAGGAGAAUAUCUCCGUCAACUUCUGGUACAUGGCUGGGAGUGUUGAGAAGAUAGAACAUCCACUCUCCGCCCAACAGAAGGUGGCCAUGUCCCGUAACAUUGAAAAGAUGUGCCUUGAGGCCCUCGGAGAUCCUAGCGAGGUUGCUCCCUUUAUGAAAAUGCUUGUGCUGGGGAGGUACACUUAACAUACACAUUAAGGACAAUGAAGGGGGUUGGAGGUGGCAGGGGCUUAAUAUAUUUUCCUUGCUUCCAUGUUAGACCACUUUGGUGAGCUUGCUGCAGUUGGAUAUAAUCCCUGCUAGUAUUUAUAUGCUUGUGUGUAACACAAAAUGAUGCUCAUAUAUAUUUAUCAUACCAGAUAUAUAUAUAUAUAUAUUCAGACAAAUUGUACAUGCUGUCAUUUUGACAUUAAGUAUUUAACCAAGUUCUGAUUUUUGGUGCCUGGUACCACAUCUAUGCCUUGUCUUAUUGUUAAGUAUUAUAAUUAUAUUGUCAUUAAUUAAUACUGUCUGAGUCUUAAGAAUGUUUCUUACAUGUAUGGUAGAUAACAACAGCAGAUGGUUUCCAUGUAUGUGUGUCACUUUCUUGAUCUCCUCUCACGACACCAUUUCAUAUUGCUGGUUAGCUUGUAUUUUCUAAGAAAAAAAAUUGAGGUAUUGUCAUAGCUCUUGUUUUACUGUCAUUGUAGGCUUUGUUAUGUAAAAGCAUUAACCUUGACCAUAACUCGUUAAGCUUGACCAGAACUCGUUAACCUUGAUCAUAACUCAUUAACAUUGACCAAUAACUUGUUAACCUUGACCAUAACUCGUUAACCUUGACCAUGACUCCGUUAACCUUGACCAUAACUCAUUAACCUUGACCAUAACUCGUUAACCUUGACCAUGACUCAGUUAACCUUGACCAUAACUCUUUAACCUUGGCCAUAACUCGUUAACCUUGGCCAUAACUUGUUAACCUUGACCAUAACUUGGAAACAUUUCAUGAUAUUCUAAUGAAACUUGUUAUACAUGUUGCAAUAUGUAAUUGUAUAGCAAGACUCUGUGGCUGUAUUGUUUAGUUAUGUCACUUGUUUUUUCUGUUCAUGGUGUUUUUGUCUUUAUUUAACAAGCAAUGGAAUAAAUUAAUGAAAUUGAUAUCCACAAAAACAGCACUAGUUUAUUUAAAAAAAAAUGUUUUUUACCAACAUGUUUGUCCAUAGUUGUGUCAUAAUAGAAAUGGUUAUGAGCACUAUACAUGUAUAUAAAUAUUUCAGUUUAGCACUGAUGAUUGUUAAUUGAUAAUUGUUAAUCAGGUUUACCAAGGUUUUUCUAUGGAAACCAAGGUUGUAUGAAUGGGUAUCAUUGUUGGUCAUUGUUGGAUUUUAAACUUAUUUGUUAGGAGUAUUAAUCAUGUCAUGACGAUGAUUCUCCUGUAUUCAGGUCAAAGAUUAAGGUCAUUCUUAAGGGUAUUCAGAAUUCACAGCAUCAGCAAUUUGUGUCUGGUCUGUAACUUGGCUGCUCAUUGUAGGAUUUUCAAAUUAAAUUAUCAUGAUGAUGUGUUCCAUUCAAAACCCAUGUUUCCAGUUCAAAGGCCAAAGUCACAUUUAAGGAACAAAAGUCAUCGUAUUUUUGCUUGUCUGGGUUGUAACUUGUUCAUGCAAAGGGGGAUUUUAAAAUUACUUUGGCUCUGAUGUUUACCAUAAAAAGCUGGCGUGUCACAUGCAAGACCGAUGUGAGUAGGAGAGUAGAAGAGGUCACACUUAAGGGUUAUUGCUCUAAUUUGUUGUAAUUUGGCUUGUCUGAGCUGUUAUUUGUCAAAGAAUUGGGGAAUUGUAAAACAACUUGGAAGAGAUGUUCACCUUGAGAAUCCUUCAUGUCAUAUGCAAGAUCCAUGUCAUAAGUUCAAAGGUCAAGGUCACACUUGAUGGAGAUUGUUUUAUUAUAUAUAUCUAGAUUAUUAUAAAAUUUGACAUUUGUAAAAAAUUGUCCAAACCAAGUAUUGGAGGCUGCCAACUUGACAUUUUUGUGUCCUAUCUGUGGUAUUAAGUUUUCCCCUCGAUUUUUCUCGUAUUUUAUUUAUUGCUUCCUUUCUAUGCUAAUGUCCUAUUCACAGUCAUUUACAGUACUCUGGCUUGAAUAAUUGUUGGUUUUGCCCCUUUUCCGUCUGUUAAAUAAUAGAAAGUUCUCUUGUCUUAACAUAGCAUAUUAAGUUUCUGUAACUGGAUGUGUAUCCAUCACUCGUUCAAUUUGCCCAAACCUUCUGUGUUAGCGAACAUUUUUCUUCACACUGCACCAUUUCUUGUUUACUUUUGUAUUUAUACAUACUUAAUCUAUCACUUGAUGUCAUUUUCAUAGAUGCACUGUUUCCUUGUAAACCUGACAUUAUGUGAAACCACUGCCUAUAUUUUUUGUGGGGCAUCUGAGUGAUAUGUUAUGUUUUAUACUGUAAGAUGUAGACAUAAUGCAGUGUGAUGUAUUUAAUUCAUUAUGUGUUUUGAAGGAAAAACCAUCAUAUUUUUAUCUAUUAUUGUUAAUUGUUUCCCAUUACCUCCAUUUUUUCCACUUUGAUAGUUUUUUAUUCUGUAUUUGUUUGUUGUUGUCAAUCCAUUUUUCGUCCCUUACUGGUUUCACAGGAGGAGAAUGUAUGUAUUCGGCCUGAUUAUCUGUUCAAAAGACAUGGAUCCUGCAAUAUCUCUAUAAGUUUGCAAGCUAGGUAUCUGGUACGAGGGCACAUACCUUUAAUUUCUAUCAUCAGGCAAAAAGUGUGGUUGCUAUGGCAACAGAAAUAGCUUUAUUGUCUUUCCUUCCAUUUUGAAAGAGGAUCUUGUGAUUACUCAAGAAGUAUGGAAGGUAGAUUUGUGAAACUUUGAUUAAGGGCAACAAGCAGAUUAUGUGUCACUUACUUGUUCUGGUUGGACAAAAACUAUUUUUAUGGUUUAAAAAAUAAUGGUCAUACCUCACUAAGUCAGGAAGUAUUCAAGUUUGGUUCAAGAAACUUGGCAUGUAGAAAGAAAUUAAUAUGGAGAUAAUGAUAAGAUUAUUCUAAAAAAAACCAAAAAACUUUGUAUUUUAAUUUUUGAAACCAGCAAGGGACUAUCAUUUGGCUUGCAAUUUUCAUUACAGUAACUUGUUAAAUAUGUGUUGCUUAUGAUGACAGCUAUUUUGUUAGAUUUAACUUUUAUGCUUGUGGAUGUUGUUUUACACUAAGCAUGAUUCCUACAUACAUUCCUUAUGUCAUGAUCCUUGGUAAAGUCUAUUUUGAGUUAUAUAUUUGCAUAUAAAAUCGGACUGAAUUAUGUUUAUAUGAUCAGAAUCUAGAUUAAAUUAUGUACAUUUUCACAACUGCUCUGACAUGUGGAAGUCAUGUACAUUCGAAAUCUGUUGGCUCGAUAUCCCAGGUACCGGCAAAAAAACUUCGAGCACAUGAAUAUUGAGCAAAGCGGGAAUGCUUACACAGAGUAAAACAAAAUCAGUCCUUUACAUCCAUUGAGCCAUCGAGGAAAUCGUGACAGGCGAUAUUGAACCAACAAGUUUCAAUCGGUCCUAUACAUCCAGUUUGAGCAAUCGAGGAAAUCAUGAUAGGCAAUAUUGAACCAAAAAGUUUCAAUCGGUUCUUUUCAUCCAGUUUGAGCCAUCAAGAAAAUCAAGCCAGGCGAUAUUGAACCAACAAGUUUCAGUCGGUUCUUUACAUCUAGUUUGAGCCAUCGAGGAAAUUGUUACAGGAGAUAUUGAACCAACAAGUUUCAGUCGGUUCUUUACAUUCAGUUUUAGCCAUCGAGGAAAUCGUGGCAAGCGAUAUUGAACCAACAUGUUUUAGUCGGUUCUUUACAUUCAGUUUGAGCCAUUGAGGAAAUCGUGACAGGUGAUAUUGAAACAACAAGUUUCAAUCGGUUCUUUACAUCCAGUUUGAGCCAUAAAGGAAAUCGUGACAGGUGAUAUUGAACCAACAAGUUUCAAUCGGUUCUUUACAUCCAGUUUGAGCCAUCGAGGAAAUCAUGACAGGUGAUAUUGAACCAACAAGUUUCAAUCGGUCCUUUACAUCCAGUUUGAGCCAUCGAGGAAAUCGUGACAGGCAAUAUUGAACCAACAAGUUUCAAUCGGUUCUUUUCAUCCAGUUUGAGCCAUCAAGAAAAUCAAGCCAGGCGAUAUUGAACCAACAAGUUUCAAUCGGUUCUUUACAUCCAGUUUGAGCCAUCGAGGAAAUCGUGACAGGCGAUAUUGAGCCAACAAGUUUCAAUCGGUUCUUAACAUCCAGUUUGAGCCAUCGAGGAAAUCGUGACAGGCAAUAUUGAACCAACAAGUUUCAGUCGGUUGUUAACAUCCAGUUUGAGCCAUCGAGGAAAUCGUGACAGGCAAUAUUGAACCAACAAGUUUCAGUCGGUUCUUUACAUCCAGUUUGAGCCAUCGAAGAAAUCGUGACAGGUGAUAUUGAGCCAACAGGUUUCCCCUGUAUGCAUUUAUAUUGGGAAGUUGUGAAACACUACUAUAUAUUAGUAAAUUUGCCAAUGGGUUAAUUCUACUGAUUUAUUGCAAAUUAAUUGAAUCAUGAAUUUAAAACCUAGUGAAUUAUUCAAUAUACAAUGGCUUUCAAUUAUUCAAUAAUGGCAUCACAUAUUUUAAACUCAGUCUAGCAAUGUAUGGAAUAAGGAACCUAGCAAAUUCAAGAAAUCUACAGUAUUUGUAUGAGAACCUUUCCAUGACCCAUCAUGGUACCUUUAAAUUUAAAUGAUACCAUUUUGUUUAUAUCGUAGUCUUUAUAGAGUAAAGAAUAAGUGCGCGGAAGCAAUUUCCUCAUGUAUUUAGUUUCCAUGUUAUUAAGGUACAUGUUUUUUAUUGACAAUUUUUUAACAACUUGAAAACUUGAUUCUAAAAGUGAGUAAGAAUUCAUCCAAGAAGGUUGUCUAAAACUGCAACCCAUAGACCUACCAUAUGACUGUGACUUCGCUCAUCCGGCAACAUUUGUCCAUGAGACUAGGUUAGCAAAAAUGUGCUCUGCUGCCCACAUGUUGAAAAAAAAAUGAGUCCUCAGGAUAACAACAAGUGUAGGGCCAUGAUGCAGAGCAAAACAAAUCACUGUGUUAAGUAGAUCACAAAUUUUAACAUGUGCUCUGUAAGCAGUUUCUCAAAAAGAUUUUCACCUACAUACAGUAUAAUGUACGAGUAUGUGUAGACUUACAAAUGUUUCGCAACCUCCCAAUUCAAGAGGGUUAUAUGCAUGAAGUCUGUGAUUUAAAUGUAAAAUUUAAAUUUAUAUAUAUUAUAUACAUGAAAAGCAGGUGAUUUGAAAAUGAAUGUUUGUAUUUAUCUUACAGAUGGGUUAAUAUUUAAUCGUCUUUGUUUUAGUUAAUACAAAAAUUUUAAUGUUAUAUAGAUUUUUAUUCUAAAUUAAAUGUCUGUGUGAAUGUGCAAUAAU